AUUCACACCUCUUCACCUCCACAUCUUCACUACCAUGCUCGCAUCAACUCUUCGGAGGACAGCCCUCCCACGGCUCUCGACACUCGCCACCGCCAUUCCUUCAUCCUUCUCCCCCGGUAGACUCGCUUCACCACUCCUUUCCCGCCACUUGCACACCUCCUUUUGCUCCCCUUCACAACAUAACCUCCAACAGCCACCAUCCCAGCGUGAAGCCGUACAAGGCCUCCGCCAGAGGAAUGUCCCUCUCGCUGGCACGAACGACGAUGCCGACAGCGCCAUAUCUGGGUUCAUGAAUAUGUUCAACGACAAAGAAUCCCGAACCGUAUCCAUCAGUGUUUGCACCAAACAUGGCUUUGUCACUACGGAGGCCAUCACCCUCCAAGGCCCUGUCCUCUGUAUCGGUGGGCAGGUCUUUCUCUGGGAUAUCUUCAGAGACUCCGGAGCGGUGAGAAAGGCACUGAAUAAGAACACAGACGCAUUAAAAUCAGCAUCAGGAGCAUCAGGAACUGGAGCCACCACUCUGCCCACACGCUCUGUAUUUGAGACCAUGGACGAAGACACAGCAAAAGAGAUCUUCAAGGUCUUUGAGCUCAUGAACCCACGCCCAGAGAUCUUAAUUAUCGGUACCGGAAAGUCUUUUGCACCAUUGAGUCCUGCUGUCCGAUCCGUCAUCCGCAGAUUAGGUCUGCAGGUCGAUAUGAUGAGCACCGCCAACGCAGCAGCAACAUAUAACAUGCUUGCAGAAGAAGGUCGCGAGGUCGCUGCUGCCCUCUUACCACUCGAGCCAUCAACAGUUCAAACCAUCCACAACAGCAAUCAUCAUUAAUAAAAAA